AUCCAAACAACCAAAAACCAAAAACCAAAAACCAAAAACACAACAAAAGUUAGAAAGUUCCACUAAACAUGGUGGCAACACCUGUUGAAACAUGAAAAGAGUUUAGAAUAGAUGACAGUUAAAAACCUUCGACCAAGAUCGUAGAGUCUAACCCACCUCCACCAGACCCCAAGAGAAGAGAGACAGAAAGAGAGAGAAAGAAAGAAGAGAAAAGAUGGGGAAGAUAGUAAAGAUGGGUUUGAUUUGGUUAAUCUGGGCAACUAAUUUCUGGCAACUGGGUAUGUCUAUAUGGUUGAACCUACCAUCAUCUGGUACCAAAUGUGUCUCUGAAGAAAUUCAGACAAACGUCGUCGUUUUGGCAGAUUACUACGUUAUUUCCGAUGAUCAAACCUCUCUUGAGGCUACCAUCUCUGUCAAGGUAACAUCACCAUAUGGAAACAACCUUCAUUCCACUGGAAAUGUUACACAUGGCCAAUUUGCAUUUACUACCCAUGAGGCUGGUAACUAUUUGGCUUGUUUUGGGGUCGACGGUCAUAAUCCAAAAGCUGGAGAUGUGAGUGUCAAUCUUGACUGGAGAACUGGAGUUGCUGCAAAGGAUUGGGAAUCAGUUGCGAGAAAAGAGAAGAUUGAGGGUGUUGAGCUCGAGCUAAGGAAACUUGAGGGAGCAGUGGAAGCCAUACAUGAGAAUCUACUGUAUCUGAAAAACAGGGAAGCUGAAAUGAGGACAGUGAGUGAAAAGACAAAUACCAGGGUGGCUAUGUUCAGUAUAAUGUCUUUAGCAGUUUGCAUUACAGUUUCUGGCAUGCAGUUAUUGUACUUGAAGCGUUACUUUCAAAAGAAGAAGCUGAUCUAAAUGUUUACUUUGUAAAAGAUGAAAGAUGAUGGUUAGAGGAACAUGUUUUUGAAACUUCAAAUUCAAAAUUUUGGUUAAUGUAGCCUUUUUUUUUUCUUUA